AUGUAUUUGUACAAAUUCUUCCGCGAGAGCUUCUUCGGUAGGACCUUAUAUCACCUAUCCGGGAGACGGAUCCUUAAUUAUGCCGAGGAGGACAAGAACUAUAUAAUCCCGGAUAAGUAUCUUCAAGGCUUUGACACCCCCAUUGAGACCGGCUUGAAAGGGCCCAACGAAAAACCGGAUGGAGACUCCGAUAUUAUUCUUGUUCAGUUUGAUGGCGAUGAUGAUCCAGAUAACCCUUACAAUUGGCCAUUGAAAUGGAAGUCUUUCUUCAUUGCCCAAGUGAUGAUACUCACCGCCUUUGUGUAUAUGGCAUCGGCCAUCUACAUCCCUGGCAUUCAGGCUAUUAUGGAGGAUAUGGAAAUAAGUCAAGUGGUGGCCACCCUACCUUUGACAUUGUUUGUUUUUGGCUAUGGCAUCGGUCCAAUGGCGUUUUCGCCAUUAUCUGAAAAUGCAAAGUAUGGUCGGACAUCUAUAUAUAUCAUGACUUUGUUCAUAUUCUUCAUUCUUCAGAUCCCCACUGCGCUUGUUCGAAACAUUGGGGGCUUGUGUGUUUUGCGGUUCAUUUCUGGUAUCUUUGCAAGUCCAUGUUUGGCAACUGGUGGUGCAUCAAUUGCAGAUGUUGUUGCUUUGCCACACAUCCCUAUUGCACUCUCCUUCUGGGCUUUUGCUUCAAUGUGUGCCCCAACCACAGGCCCCUUGUUCGGCGCUAUCUUGACCGUCAAGGCUGACUAUCAUUGGUCUUUCUGGUUUGUUUGUAUCACAUCUGGAGUGUCUUUUAUCGUUCUUGGAGCAAUGCUUCCAGAAUCUUACUCCAAAACCAUAUUAUACAGAAAGGCGGAGCGGCUUCGAGCAUUGACAGGGAAUCACAACAUUUUGAGCGAGGGUCAUAUUGAAGUAUCUCAAACCACAACGAGAGAGAUGCUCAACGAGACCCUUUGGCGUCCAAUAGAGGUGAUCAUUUUUGAGCCCGUGGUUUUACUUAUCAACGUGUACAUCGGCUUGGUAUACUCAAUCAUGUAUUUGUGGUUUGAGGCUUUUCCGAUUGUUUUCCUUGAAGUAAAAGGUUUCACGCUAAUUGAGAUGGGAACUGCGUACAUAAGCAUAAUGAUUGGUAUCAUUAUAGGUGCCUCCUUCUAUGUGCCGUGGAUACAUCACAAAUUUACAAAGAAGUUGCUAGAUGGCAAGGACGUUGUACCCGAAGUGUUUAUUCCUCUAGCAAUAGUCGGAAGUGUGCUCAUGCCAAUCGGAGUCUUUAUUUUCGGCUGGACAGCAGCCCCGGAUCUCCAUUGGAUCGGUCCGCUCAUUGGCGCAGUGAUCUUUGCAGCUGGAGGCAUAAAGGAGUACCCAACCAAGAAGGCAUACAAAAAUGCCGACUUGAUUCUGAUUGAAACGUCUCUGUUGUUCCCUAGUGUAUAUUCAUUCGAUCCCAUGAAACUUCUUAACAGGGAAGAGAGAGAAGCUCAUGCUACACACGUUGCCUUUGAGGGUCUAAAUGGCCUUCUCGUGGGUAGUUUUAUUUCCUUAGGUGCCUUUGCAUACCUCAAAAUGAAGCAUCCCGUGAAGUUUAAGCAGUUUAACACCUCCAUCAAAGCUUGUAUCUUGAUCAUGCCAACAGUCAGUUGCUGUGCAUUCUAUGCUGAUCAAGGCUCUGUCCAAUUUGAUAAAGCAAUGCGCUCAAGCCCUAAAAAUGAAGAAAUGAUCAUGAACCGCUUCAGAGAAUGGAAGCGGAAGUCCACUCUCGGGAAGAUAGCAGAAUACGCGAGAGGACACAAGCUUACAGUGGCAAUGGGUACUUGGGCUGCUACCAUUGGUGGAUAUUACGGCUAUCUCAAGCAGGAUAUUGGGAUCAGUGAGACACAACGGAUGAUUAAGGUGAGCAGAUUCAAUGUGCCUGCCUCGGGCAUUAUCCUCGCAGCUACCACUGCCGCAAUUUAUGCUGAUAAAACUGGAGUGAAGGAGGUAGUGCUGGACGAAAGGUUUCAGGCAAUUGUCCUCACGGACUCUUUUGAAACCCGUUUCAUGCCUUUGACAUCCGUCAAACCCAGAUGCCUUCUACCUUUAGUGAGCGUUCCAUUGAUCGAGUACACUUUGGAGUUCUUAGCCAGAGCUGGUGUCAACGAGGUUUACCUCAUGUGCUCUUCCCAUGCCGAUCAAAUUCAGCAUUACAUCGAAAACUCUAAAUGGGCACUGCAUUCACCAUUUAAAGUUACUACCAUCAUGAGCUUGGAAUCCAGAUCCGUCGGUGAUGCCAUGAGAGACUUGGACAACAGAGGACUCAUCACUGGUGAUUUCUUAUUAGUUUCUGGUGACGUAGUUACCAACAUCGAUUUUGAGAAGGUUUUGGCCUUCCACAAGCAGAGAAAGCUGGUAGACAAAGAACAUAUUGUGUCUAUGGUGCUCACCUCAGCCAGCCCAUUGCAUAGAACUAGAUCCCACGUCGAUCCAUCAGUGUUCAUAUUGGAUAAUCAGUCUAACCGCUGUUACUACUACCAGGAUAUCCCCCCAGCUGGUGGUAAGAAGAGCAGCAUCAAUAUUGACCCAGAGCUUUUGGAGGACAUCGAGAAUGAUUUUGUUGUACGCAACGAUUUGAUCGACUGUCACGUCGACAUCUGUUCUCCCCAUGUUCCUCAAAUAUUCCAGGAGAAUUUCGAUUAUCAAACACUUAGAAGUGAUUUUGUGAAGGGAGUUUUGACUUCUGACUUGUUGAAGAAGACUAUUUAUGCAUACAUCGCCGAGGGCGCUGAGUACGCUGCUCGUGUGGAGUCCUGGGACACUUACGAUGCCAUCUCUCAGGAUGUUUUGGCACGUUGGUCCUACCCACUUGUUCCUGACAUGAAUUUGAUCGGCCUGUCUUACAAGUACGAGUUCAAUCACAUCUACAAGGAAGACAAGGUUGUCUUGGCACAGUCUUGCAGAGUCGGGAAUAGUACGUCUAUUGGCGCCAACACUAGUGUCGGCGCUCACACUGCUAUCGAAAAGUCUUCGAUCGGUCGCAACUGUCAAAUUGGCGCUAACGUCACCAUCAAUAACUCGUAUAUCUGGGACAACGCCGUGAUCGAGGAUGGUGCUACGAUAAACAACGCUAUAGUGGCGAGUGAAAGCACCAUUAAGUCUGGUGCCGAGCUUCGAAAAGGCGUUGUCAUUGGUUAUAAUGUGACAGUUGGUGCUGGAAAGGUCAUCUCAGCUAACACCAGACUUGUUGACAAGCCUGUCCAGAAAGAAUUUGGUAGCAGCGCCUUUGAGCUGGAUGACGAGGAUGACGAUAGCCAAGAGGAUGAUAUUGCAGCAAACACAAACGAUGCGGACAUAGUUGGCGAGGAUGGUGAAGGUGUGAUGUACAUGUCAGACCGUGAGUUUGAUGACGAGUCCGAACUGGAAAGUGCUUCACUCAACAACAGCAGUCUCAUCUAUCAAAUGAGUAAUCUUAAUGUCUCUGAUGACUCAAUUGCAUCAAUUACGAAGAAAAAGAUCAAGAGACAUGCUCGUCACAACUCGAGGAGCAGCAGAAGGAUGUCUGCCACAUCUAUUCUCUCCACGGACUAUGAGUUUGAGGAGGAGGAACAAGAAGAUUUCAACAAAGAAGCCGUUGCCACCGUUGAGAGGGCCAUGGAAAACAAUCACGACUUGGAUACAGCACUUCUUGAGCUCAAUACUUUGAGAAUGUCGAUGAAUGUCACCUACCACGAGGUGCGUCAAGCUACAGUCCUGGCGAUGGUAAAGAGAAUUGUUCACUUUGUAUCCACAGAUACACUUAACGUUAAGGAGGCUGCAGCCAAGAUAUUUAACGACUGGGGUGCACUUUUCAAGAGACAAGUUUUUACUCAGGAGGAACAACAAGACCUCGCGCAAAUUAUCCAAGAAACGUGCGCUAACGUCGAUCAGGAGUACAAUCAGGUAGUAUUGUUCAUUGCGCUCCGGCAACUCUACGAAAAAGACAUCAUCGAGGAGGACAACAUUUUGAAGUGGUGGGAGUCGGAGGCAUCGUCCGAGAGCGAGGUUUUGAGGCAGGUGCGUGGCUUGACGGCGCAGUUUGUCGAAUGGUUGCAAGAUGCUGAAGAGGAGAGUGAGGAGGAAAGCGAUUAA